AUGUCUGUAACGUAUGGAGUUGAUAAACCUGACACGCUUCUAAACAACAGUAUUGAACAGGGCUCCCGAACAGUAGAGAAUGCCUCCCGAAUAGUGAACAAUGACUCCCGAAUAGUAGAGAAUGAAGCGGUCACGGAUAUUGAGAUAGAGACAGAAGUUAAAGAUGAAUUAACUGAAGUUACAGAGACUGAUUUAGGAGCAAAAAGUGACACAAGUUUUGAUAUUGAUUGUGCCACCCAAACAGACUCGCAUGAGGCGAGUUCCGGAGAAGUCAUCGUCUGGUCAGGAAGAACUGACAACGACCACCGGAAAGGAGUUGCCGUCAUCAUCAGCAAGAGCAAGGCCAACACCGUGCUACAGUGGAAAAAUGUAAACGAGCGCCUGCUGUACGUCAGUAUGAACUCCAAGUACACCAAACUGUCUGUUGUUGUGGGCUACGCACCAAUAGACGACGCGGAAGAAGAGGACAAGGAUGCAUUCUACGACGCCCUUAAAAGUGUGUUAGAGGACAUCCACCAACACGACGUGCUGAUGUUGCUCGGCGACUUCAAUGCUAAGGUUGGCUGCGUCAACGAAGACAGAGAGAGGACCAUGGGACGACAUGGAGUGGGUGUGAUCACCGACAACGGGGAGAGACUCGUCAACUUCUGCCAACAGAACGUCUCGGUCAUAGGAGGGACCUAUGAGGCAGCACUGACCAUCGAAGGCUUCAACAGAUUAAUGAAAGAGACAGGAGAUGACGUUCUAGGCUUCAGAAAGAGCAAGAAGACAGAAUGGAUCUCAGAAAUAACGUCGUCUCGUAUAGAAGAAAGAAGACAGAUCAAAAAGAAACUGUUGGAAAUAAAAAUCCCUAAGACGAAGCUGAAGGGCGAAUACGGCCAUCACCAUGACCUUCCUGUGAGAGCUGAAGACGGAACUUAUGUCGCUGUGGAAGAGGAGAAGCGGAAGAGAUGGAAGCAAUACUUUGAGUCCAUCAUAAACCGCCCAGACCCACCAACCCUAGCCGACAUUUCUGAAGCUGAAGAGGACCUUGACAUCAACCUCGGCAACACCUAUGACAGUGAAGAAGCGCCAAGCGAAUGGAAGACCGGCACCAUCGUCAAACUUCCCAAGAAAGGAGACCUGGGGGACUGUAACAACUGGCGAGGCAUCACUUUACUAUCUCUCACCAGUAGAAUUGUCAGCCGCAUCAUCCUCCAACGCAUCACGACAGCAGUGGAGGGUAUCCUUCGCCAGAAACAAGCAGGCUUCAGGAAAGGCAAGUCUUGCAUCGACUACAUAUUCGUCCGGAGGCAGAUCCUUGAGCAGUCCCAUGAAUGGAAUGAAUCCCUCUACGUGGUUUUUGUGGACUUUGAGAAGGUCUUCGACAGCCUACUCCCUCUGGAGGAUUCUGCGACAUUAUGGCAUCCCUCAGAAACUUGUCAACGUCAUCAGGUCCCUUUACGAAAACAUUGA